AACCCUUCACUUCACAGUCUCUUCCACCGGAGAUCGAUCGAGAUGUCGGGUUUCGGCUUUGGAUCUUCCACCUCUCAAUCUUCUUCUCCAUUUUCCUCAACCACUGGUUUCUCCUUCGGAUCCACCAACUUUUCCUUCGGAUCAUCCCCUUCCCCUUUAUCUCUUUCGUCUUCCUCCUCCUCCUCCUCAAACCCUACUUCCUCUUCCUCCCCAUUUCCCAAUCCAACGUCCAAUCCUUCUUCUUCUUCCUUUGGCUUUGGCUCUUCCUCUUUCUCCACCUCUACUUCCUCUCCCUUCUCUUUCUCCCUCGCCUCCGCUUCCACCGGAGCAUCUUCCUCUAGCGCCCCUUCUUCCGCAGCAACUUCAGCUUCGUCCUUGUUUGGGGUUUCUUCAUCCUCAACUGGAUUCAAUUCUUUCGGAUUCGGGGCUUCAUCCUCGUCAGCAAACUCCUCUGCUCCCUUGUUUGGGGCUGCUUCCUCCUCCGGGACCUCAUCCACCUCCUUGUUUGGGGCUGGGAGCUUACCUGCGCCUUCGUUUGGGGCUGCUCCCUCCUCUGGGAGCUCAGUUGCGCCUUCCUUUGGGGCUCUUUCCUCAUCUGCCGGGACCUCAUCUGCGCCCUUGUUUGGGGCUGCUCCAUCUGCAGGGGCAUCAUCGGCUCCGUCCUUGUUUGGAGGGGCGUCUUCUGCAACUACUUCCAGUGCACCAUUGUUUGGCACAUCUGCAUCCGCUGCAAGUUCGGGAUCAGGGUUGUUUGGCGCUUCUGCCGCCGCUUCCGGUUCUGGUGUUUCUCUGUUUGGGACACCAGCUACAUCUUCAGGCAGUACAGGUUCAGGUUUGUUUGGGUCUAGUCCCUUUGGUGCAUCUUCUUCAGGCACUUUAUCUUCGGCUUCCACUUCAAACUUGUUUGCGUCAUCUUUGUCCACUUCUCCAUUCCAGAGCACCCUUUCUUCGAGUUCUUCCCAAAAUUUGACUUCUUCUUCACCGUUUGUGGCUUCUCCUUCUGGGUUUUCAUUUCCGACCGGUUCUUUGUCUAAAACUACUAGUAUUACCAAUGUAUCUUCUUCUUCUUCUUCUUCUCUUACACUAGCCUCUACUAGUUCCUCGAGCUUCUCAUUCGGAACACCUGCUUCGUCGUCAUCUCAAUCUUCUUUCGGAUUUAGUAUUAACAAUGCAGCAUCGACGGGAGGGUCGUCUGCUCCGAGCACUACAGCUACGAAGCCUACUUCUUUAUCGUUAUCAAAUUCUGUGGCACCUUUGUUCUCUACGGUUACUACCACCAGUGCUUCUACUCCAGCUGCCAAUAGCACAACUCAGCCAUCCUUCUCCGUGCCAGCUUUUAGUUCGAGUUCUUCAGCUGCUACUACCUUGUCCAUAGCAGCAUCUUCCGCUCCCUCGGCUGCUUCGUCGGGUGCUGUGAGUUCAUUUACUGGUUUUGGUGUCACAAGCUCGGCUUCUUCAUCAAGUGCAAUUGGUUCCUUAUCGUUGCCGACCAAAACAUCAACUGCUGCUUCAUCAUCUCAAGCGCCAGCCUCUUUCGGUUUCCCUUCUUUGGCAUCCGCUUCUACGGCUGCUACCACCACAUCCGGUUUCAGUGCUUCAAGUCAGAGUCAGACUUCAUCAGCUCUUGUUGUAGCAAGCAGUAGUAGUGGUACAACUUCAACUGUUAGUGCAACAGUUUCUUCUACACCAAAAUUACCAUCUGAGAUAACAGGGAAGACUGUCGAAGAGAUCAUAAAGGAAUGGAAUGCAGAGCUCCAAGAGCGUACUGGAAAGUUUCGAAAGCAGGCCAAUGCUAUUGCUGAGUGGGAUAGGAGGAUUAUGCAAAAUCGUGAUAUUCUUCUUAGACUUGAGAUUGAGGUUGCAAAGGUGGUUGAGACCCAAGCUGAGUUGGAGAAGAAAUUGGAGUUGAUCGAAACUCACCAACAAGAGGUUGACAAGGCAUUGGUAAGCGUGGAAGAAGAUGCUGAGCGCAUUUACAAGGAUGAACGUGGUUUACUUCUUGAUGACGAGGCUGCAUCUACAAGGGAUGCAAUGUAUGAGCAAGCUGAAUAUAUAGAGCGGGAAUUAGAGCAGAUGACAGAACAGAUCAAAUCAAUUAUCCAGACCCUAAAUGCGAACCAGGGAGGUGAACUUGAUGUGAUUGAUGGGAUGACACCGCUAGAUGCUGUUGUUCGAAUUUUAAACAAUCAAUUAAGUUCAUUAAUGUGGAUCGAUGAAAAGGCCGAAGAGUUUUCUUCACGUAUUCAGAAGCUUGCUGCUACCGAGGGUCCGGCUGCAGAUCGUGAAUUGCUGGGUCAGAAGUUGUGGAUGUCUUAAAUUUUAAACUGGUUUUAGUUUUAGUUGUUGUGAAACUGCUGUUGGAAUUAGUGUAUAGAGGCCUUAACUCACAUUUGUGGUUUAUUUCUAGUUUCCUUCUUUCAAUUGGCUGAACUGGAAAUCUUUUUGCCCAAAAGGAUGUAUUCAUUUUUUCUGUUUUUCUUUUGGAAAACAUGAAUACAGGGAGGGCAAUCAAAUUUUCGACCUUUUAGAUGUGGGAGAGAUAUACUUUGAUCGAUAAACUAGGGUCAAACCUGAAUUUGGUGCAUAAUACUUUAGUUGUCCAUUCAUGGAUCAUUUUCAAGAA